UGCAAAAGUCUAUGCCCAGACAAGCUAAGCUUAAUUAGUCCGGUUGCAGCUCCAUCCUUUGCUAGAGAGCUGCACUGUUCAUUCCAUACGUAUUUGUACGUUUAGUACUCAUCAAAAAUAUAUAUACAUUUCUUUAUAUAUAUUAUGGCCUUCGCGAAUUGGUUUCCCUUUGUUGUAACUUCGCUGGGAAUUUUCUUCUUGAUUAUCAUAUCUUCUCUUGCAGAAAAAGCGCCAUACAGUUCAUUUGCAAAAGAUGCCACGUCAGCGGCAGCGGAAGCAGGGUACUACGACUACAUAAUUGUCGGAGGCGGAACCGCCGGCUGUGCACUGGCGGCGACGCUUUCCGCCUCCGCAAAGGUACUACUCCUCGAGAGAGGCGGCCUGCCGUACGACUACCCAAAUGUGCAACACAUAAGUGGUUUCGGGCCCACACUGGCCGACAUUUCCCCGACCUCCGCCUCACAAUUAUUCGUCUCCACGGACGGCGUGUACCUCCACCGCGGGCGCGUUCUCGGCGGGAGCUCGGCGAUCAACGCGGGGUUCUUCACGCGAGCCAGCAGCGAUGAGGUGGCAGCGGCGGGGUGGGACCCGCAGCUGGUGAAUGAGUCGUACGAGUGGGCGGAGAGGAAAGUGGCUUUCCGGCCGCGGGUGAUGGGGUGGCAGGCGGCGGUGAGGGAAGGGCUGCUGGAGGCGGGGGUGGGGCCGGACAGGGGGUGGACGAAUGAGCAUUUGCAGGGCACCAAAACGGGGAGCUCCAUCUAUGACGAAAAUGGGGUUCGGCAUUCCGCCGCCGAUUUGCUGGAGUACGCCGACGAAUCCCAAAUUACUGUUUAUUUGCAUGCCGUCGUUCACCAAAUAUUGUUCCGGACGUCUUCCCCAGGGAAAAGACCAAUGGCUUAUGGAGUUCUUUUCAAAGACUCAAAGGGCAAUGAGCACACGUCAUAUUUGAACGCGGGCCCGAAGAAUGAGAUCAUUCUUUCGGCCGGAGCAUUGGGUAGUCCACAACUUUUGAUGUUGAGUGGUAUUGGGCCUUCCGAUCACCUCAAAUCACAAGGGAUUAACGUAAUAUUGGAUCAAGAAAUGGUGGGCCAAGAGAUGUCAGACAACCCAAUGAAUGGAAUUGUAAUGCCUUCACUUAAGUCAGUGGAGACUGCACUGGUUCAGAUAGUUGGCAUAACUGAAUUUGGGAGUUAUGUUGAAACAGGGAGUGGAUUGCAUUUGGCCCCAAACACGGCCUUAGCAAAUGCUCUGAAAUCCUCAUUCCAAGGGGACCUGUUUAGGGAUACAAAGAUUGAAGGUGGGCUUUUACUGGAAAAGGUGAAAGGACCUUUCUCUAAAGGGCACUUGGAACUCAAUAGUAGGGACCCAAAUGAGAAUCCCACAGUGACAUUCAAUUACUUCAAAGACUCAAGAGACCUUCAGAGUUGUGUGCAGGGAAUGGAAGUCAUAAAAAGAGUAGUUGAAUCAGAGCCCUUAUCCUCAUUUUUGUACCCAUUCACUUCUUUUGAAGCCCUUCUAGACAUCAUGACAGCACUUCCUUUAAACAUGAGGCCCAAACUCUUUACCUCCUUACCAUAUCAUUCCUUGGAGCAAUUUUGCAUUGACACUGUUAUGACCAUAUGGCAUUACCAUGGAGGUUGCCAAGUGGGUAGGGUUGUGGAUCAUGAUUAUAAAGUAAUUGGCGUCGAUGCGUUGCGGGUUAUUGACGGCUCUACUUUUUCUUUCUCCCCUGGAACCAAUCCUCAGGCCACCGUCAUGAUGCUUGGAAGGUAUAUGGGACAGAAAAUUCUGCAACACAGAACUCAUCAAUGAGCUGAGAAAGGCUAUAUCUCUUCAACUUUGAAACAUUAACAUGAAAAUUUAGGGAUGAGAAAUGGUUUGUUAUACUAUUACAUAAGUAUAUGUAGAUCUGGUUUGAAGUUUCUAGCCAUAUUAGUACAUCUAAAAUUACAUUUAUAGAAUUUUGAGUGAUGGAAGUAUUUCCUAAUUAUACAGUUGUGUUGUUUAUUUUUAUAUAAAUUGUGAGAGAUGUACAAUUACCAACGCAUUCCCAUUGAGUUCCAAAGUAUUGAUUUAAA